CAGAUUUAUGAAAAUAUGCAUCAGUUUAAUACUGUCUUGGAAUUCAUGAGAUGGAAGCAUAGGUCAAAGCUGUUUGGAGAAAAUUGGAAGUACAGUUUUAUCUAGCCACAUCUCUGAGGAGUCAGGAGAAAGCAGUGGGAGUUGGAGUCAUUGUCAAAUGCUUGCAGCCUUUUACAAGAAAAUCUCAUUGAAUAAUAGUCAUUCAAAUUAGUAAAAUAGCAGGACUAGUUAUUGACAGUGACAGUAUUCAGGAAACAUUAAAAUUGAAUGAUGACUCAGCUAUAUAUUUGCAUCAGAUUAUUGGGAGCUUAUCUAUUCAUCAUUUUUUAUGUUCAAGGGCAGAAUCUAGACAGUAUGCUCCACGGCACUGGAAUGAAUUCAGACUCCGACCAGAAAAAGUCAGAUAAUGGAGUAACCCUAGCACCAGAGGAUACUUUGCCUUUUUUAAAGUGCUAUUGCUCAGGACACUGCCCAGAUGAUGCUAUUAAUAACACAUGCAUAACUAACGGACAUUGCUUUGCCAUCAUAGAAGAAGAUGACCAAGGAGAAACCACAUUAGCUUCAGGGUGUAUGAAAUAUGAAGGAUCUGAUUUUCAGUGUAAGGAUUCACCAAAAGCCCAGCUUCGCCGGACAAUAGAAUGUUGUCGGACCAAUUUAUGUAACCAGUAUCUACAACCUACGCUGCCCCCUGUUGUUAUAGGUCCGUUUUUUGACGGCAGCAUUCGAUGGCUGGUAUUGCUCAUUUCUAUGGCUGUCUGCAUAAUUGCUAUGAUCAUCUUCUCCAGCUGCUUUUGUUACAAACAUUAUUGCAAGAGCAUCUCAAGCAGACGUCGUUAUAAUCGUGAUUUGGAACAGGAUGAAGCAUUUAUUCCAGUUGGAGAGUCAUUAAAAGACCUUAUUGAUCAGUCACAAAGUUCUGGUAGUGGAUCUGGUCUACCUUUAUUGGUUCAGCGAACUAUUGCCAAACAGAUUCAGAUGGUUCGGCAGGUUGGUAAAGGCCGAUACGGAGAAGUGUGGAUGGGUAAAUGGCGUGGUGAAAAAGUGGCAGUCAAAGUGUUCUUCACCACUGAAGAAGCUAGCUGGUUUCGAGAGACAGAAAUCUACCAAACUGUGCUAAUGCGCCAUGAAAACAUACUUGGUUUUAUAGCAGCAGACAUUAAAGGUACAGGUUCCUGGACUCAGCUCUAUUUGAUUACCGAUUACCAUGAAAACGGAUCUCUCUAUGAUUUCCUGAAAUGUGCUACACUAGACAACAGAGCCCUGCUCAAGUUAGCUUAUUCAGCUGCCUGUGGUCUGUGCCACCUGCACACAGAAAUUUAUGGCACCCAAGGAAAACCUGCAAUUGCUCAUCGAGACUUAAAGAGCAAAAACAUCCUCAUCAAGAAAAAUGGAAGUUGCUGUAUUGCUGAUCUGGGCCUUGCUGUUAAGUUCAACAGUGAUACAAAUGAAGUUGAUGUACCCUUGAAUACCAGGGUGGGCACCAAACGCUACAUGGCUCCAGAAGUGCUAGAUGAAAGCCUGAAUAAAAACCACUUCCAGCCCUACAUCAUGGCUGACAUCUAUAGCUUUGGCCUGAUCAUUUGGGAAAUGGCUCGCCGUUGUAUUACAGGAGGGAUUGUAGAAGAGUACCAAUUGCCAUAUUACAACAUGGUACCCAGUGAUCCAUCAUAUGAAGAUAUGCGUGAAGUUGUGUGUGUCAAACGUUUGCGGCCAAUUGUGUCUAACCGAUGGAACAGUGAUGAAUGUCUACGAGCAGUUUUGAAGCUAAUGUCGGAGUGCUGGGCCCACAAUCCAGCCUCUAGACUUACAGCACUGAGAAUCAAGAAGACUCUUGCCAAGAUGGUUGAGUCCCAAGAUGUAAAGAUCUGACAAACAGCCGUGAGGAGAAACUUAAGACUUCAAGAAAUGUUCUUACCCAAGGAAUGGGUGGAAUUAGAGUGGAAAAGGAUGUUAACUUAAUUCUCAGACUCUUUCCUCACUACACGUUCACAGGCUGCUAAUAUUAAACCUUUCAGUACUCUUAUUAGAAUACAGAUUGGGAACUUCUAAACACAUCAUUCUUUAUAUAUGGACAACUUUAUUUUAAAUGUAGUUUUUGAUGCCUUUUUUUUUAUUGGGUUUUUAUGAACUCCAACAAGACUUCGAUCCUGGUUAAUAAGUCUCCAGUCAAACUCUGGGUACUGAAUUGCCUGUUCAUAAAAUGGUGCUUUCUGUGAAAGCCUUAAGAAGAUAAAUGAGUUCAGCAGAGAUGGAGAAAUAUACACUUUUUGCCUUCUACCUGAGAACAUUUAAUCUGUUUGUAUUCUACCUUUGUAAAACAGCCUAUAGGUUAUGAUCUGUUCGGGAUACUACUUAGCUUAUGAUAGCUUGUCAUGCCUUCCUUGAUAAUGAUGUGUGUGUGUGUGUGUGUGUGUGUGUGCACACCAGGAUUCCUCUGCUGCCAUUUGAAUUAGAAAGAAGUAAUUUAUGAAUGCACAGGAAGAUACUGGUGGCCAUUGGUUUUGUGCUUUAAAAAUGCAAUAUCUGACCAAGAUUCGCCAAUCUCAUAAAAGCCAUUUACCUUGAAAGUGAGAUAACUUCCCCACCAGCUUUAUUUUUUUAGCAUAAAAGUUGAUACAAAGGCCAAAUAAGUUUAAAGUAUCUAUAAAUUUGGACUGUUUUCCUUCCAUCACCAUCUUUUUUUUUGUAGUAACUAUUUUUGUCAUGGAAAGUAUCCUAUCUAAAGUUGGAGCUUCCAAUGCCAUGAACCAUGCUUAUAAAGAAAACACUUCUUAUGAAAGUGAAUUACUGCAUUUGAUAGCAAUGUAAGUGCCUAUAACCAUAUUCUGUAUUUUUUGUUCUCAGUAACUUUUAAAAGGGAAGUUAUUUAUAUUUUGUGUAUAAUGUGCUUUAUUUGCAAAAUACCCACUCCUUUACAAUCAUGUUUUAUAUAUGUACAUACACUCAUACUGUAGAAACCAGCUCAUGUGUACCUCAUAUCCCAUCCUUAAGGGAAGAAAUGUUAUAAAUGAAUAUGGGUUUUCAGAAUUAAUGCAUUCAAAGUAAUAUAUCAAAUCCAGGACUUUGUUAACUUCAGCCAAAAACUUCACUAAGAUAAUAUCAUCUCAAUUUUUUCAUAAGAGGAUUCUUCUCUGAUUAUAAAUUUAUGUCAGCUGAUAUAAAUGUAUCAAUUGUUAAAUGUUUUAGACAUCUAAAUCAUUUGAGAUUUUUGGCUUUCUGAUUUCUGUUCUAUAACUUGUAAAGACAAUGAAGAGUCAGGCAGAAACAUUCAGUAUCUGUAAGUAUCUGUGUCUAUGCUGUGUAACUGUUACUCAGUAAAAAGGUACAUAUUUUAGAGAUGCAUUGUUAUCUCGAGAAAUAAUUCUGAUUUACUUAAACUUUUUAUACUUCUGUAAUGCCUUUUAAAUAUUAAUCUCCUAUUAUGAGUAAACAACUCCUGAGUACCAGUGAGGCAAUUUUCUUUGAUUAUAAUAUAAAAUCAAAGUGAUUAUAUCACAGCACAGUAGGAAAAAAAGUUUAAGUUAAAUGGAGAAAUUAGCAUGUUUCCAUCCAUAACCAAAAAUUUGACCGUUCCUGAAGGCUAAAACUUACGUAUUUGUCUACACAUCAAAUUUCACAAAUUUGAAACUUACCUUAAGUGUUUUAAUUAAGUUUAAUAAGUUAUGUCUAUCAUAUGGAUAAUACCAAUAACUUUUUUAGAAUUUUUUCUGUAUGCUGAGAAAUAUAGAUACUGUAAUCUAAAUUGCCAUGUGCUUUUAUAGCACUUACGACUUCUGAUUUACUUAAAGAUAAUUUUGAUUUAUUUUGACUUGGUAAACCAUAAAUCUUGAAAAUCAUUUGUCAUCUUCAUGAUAAAAUAUAUAAGUACAAGUAAACUUUAUUUUAGAAAUAUUCAAAUGGUAUAUGGAAGUGAAACAUUACAGAUAGUAUUUGAGAUCACUAUCUUUUUAAGUAAUUUGGUCUAGUAAAAGUAGUAUCAAAAUUUAACCUUAGAAAUUUGUUCAGUAAAAAUAUUUUCUAGUUUAACGUUCUUCAAAAAGCAAAUGUUGCCAUAUUUAGAAUAUUAAAUUCUUAAAAAGUUA